GACCGACAUUGCGGCAGCGGAAACCCACUCCAACGUGGUUCGCGAUCCUCUCCCUCGACCUCCUCCUCAUCCUCCUUUUUGUGUUCCGUGUUUCAGAAUCAUGAGUCUAAGCGGAUACACGGUGGAAGUCACUAACCUCUCUCCUAAUGCAACCGAGAGAGAUCUAUAUGACUUCUUUUCUUUUUCUGGGGCUAUUGAGCACAUUGAGAUUAUCAGGACUGGAGAAUAUGCAUCUACUGCUUAUGUAACUUUCAGAGAUCCUCAUGCUUUAGAAACCGCUGUCUUGCUCAGUGGAGCUACCAUUAUUGAUCAACAUGUAUGCAUAACACGCUGGGGAUCUUAUGAUGAAGAUUGUAGUUUUUGGAACAGACCAUCUCAUGAAGACAAUACACAGUCCACGAUGCCCGAGGUCAACCAUUUGAACACGACUCCUAGAGAAGCUGUGACAAUGACUCAGGAGGUGGUCAAGACCAUGCUGGCAAUGGGAUACGAGUUAAGUAAAGAUGCCUUGAUCAAGGCCAAAGCGUUUGAUGAAUCUCAUCAUGUCACAGCUACUGCUGCUGCCAUGGUUGCUGAUCUGAGCAACAGAAGUGGACUGACCGACAAGAUCAAUGCUGGUCUGAAUGCUGUGACGUCGGUGGACGAGAGAUAUCAUCUAUCUGCGACCACCAAGGCAGUUGUAUCUGCCACAACGAGAACAGCAGCAAACAUCACAAACUCAGUAGUUAGCAGCAGCUACUUCUCUGCUGGAGCUCUUUUGGUUUCAGAUGCUCUAAACAAAGCUGCCAAGGUUGCAGCAGAUUUGGCCACUCAUGGUGCUAAAAGGUGAAGCAACAGUUUAUCUAUAAUGCAGAAAACUCUAAAUGAGCAAAAUGUAGCAAAAUAUCCAGAAUGCAACUAGUAUUUCAAAACUGGUGUGUGCCAUGAGCCGUGUUAUAAUAAGUGAUGAGUUGUAAAUAUCACACGACAAUGUUCCUUGUUACUAGUUGUGGUUUCUUGGUGAUGCUGGUGAAGUUUGGGAUACAUGAUUCUAGCUAAAUUUGGGAUCUAAAAGGAAUGUUAUGUACUGAUGCUCCCAAUAUUUCAACUGUUGUUGCAUGUGAA